AUGUACAGUACAGCUCACCCAAUUGCAGUGGGCAAUAAACAACAACCACCUCCAUUAAAUGGUGGUUUACAUGCCACUGGUGUUCCACAGAAUUCUCAUGAAGCAGCAGCUCUUGCCGCUCAACAACAACACCAACAAGCUCAAGCACAUGCUCAAGCACAAGCACAGGCACAGGCACAGGCCCAGGCACAAGCUCAAGCACAAGCUCAACAUCAAAGUGGACCCGGAAUAAUCGUUGCAGCCGCUGCAGCAGCAGCCAACCAGCAACAACAACAACAGCAGCAACAACAACAACAAGCUCAACAACAGCAAAAUCAACAGGCCCAGCAGCAACAACAAGCUCAACAACAACAGGGUCAAUUACCAGGCUCUGCUAUUCUUAGUGACACUACCGCUUCUACCUGGUUGGCUAUUGGUUCUUUAGCUGAAAGUUUAGGUGAUAUUGAAAGAGCCUUAUCUUCAUACGAUGCUGCAUUAAGACAUGCACCAAAUAAUCCAGAAGCUUUGAUCAAAUUAGCCAACACCUACCGUUCAAAAGAUCAAUUUCUUAAAGCCGCAGAAUUGUAUGAACAAGCACUUAAUUUCCAUCCAGAAAAUGGUGAAACUUGGGGUUUAUUAGGUCACUGUUAUUUGAUGUUGGAUGAUUUGCAACGUGCUUACGCUGCUUAUCAACGUGCAUUAUUCUAUUUAGAGAAUCCAAAUAUUCCAAAGUUAUGGCACGGUAUUGGUAUUUUGUAUGAUAGAUAUGGGUCAUUGGAAUACGCCGAAGAAGCAUUUGUAAGAGUAUUGGACUUGGAUCCUAACUUUGAUAAGGCCAAUGAAAUCUACUUUCGUUUGGGAAUCAUUUAUAAACAUCAAGGAAAACUACAACCAGCAUUGGAAUGCUUCCAAUACAUUUUGAAUAAUCCUCCACACCCAUUAACUCAACCUGAUGUCUGGUUUCAAAUUGGUUCAGUUUGGAACAACAAAAGGAUG